AGUUAUCAUUGUGCGUCUUCUGCGAACACUCGUUGCUAUCAAUAUUUAAUUAAUCUAUGACUAAGCACACCAUGUACUUCUCCACUUUUUUGUUGGUGUGUCUGUUGUUUGGUGUUAAAUCACAAGAUAAUAAUAUGAAGGACGCUAUUGGUUUCCCUGAAGUGGACGAAAAUCUUAACACGGUGAAUAAACAGAACAGAAAUCCUGUGUUCCUACCAUCUCGCUGCAAGGAGAACGAACUGUAUUAUCCGGGUGACCAGCCCGACGACUGGAUAUGUGACUGUAGACCUGGUUAUUUAUAUCAUCCAGAAACAGAUUCCUGUUGGAUGGCAUUCAGACGUGGUCCGUGCCGCCAUGACGAGUUUUUGGUGCUGCCCACUAAUUCUAUCAUACCGGAGUGUGAGAAGAACCCCUGCAAAAUGGACUCCCUAGUCUCUUGGAACGGAAAAUGUGAACCAUUAGGGAGUACAAAUGCUUGUGGAGACACAUUUCCCCCAGUUAUUCUCUGGGUAAAUGCAACCACUAUUUCAUUAGAAUGUCUAGUCAUGGAUUUCGAUUUUAGAUUUUCUGAUAUCGCGCCUAAAAUUUGUCCACCGGGCUGCAGAAGAAGCGUUCAGAAUAAAUGUCGUCCUGGUAGCCCUAACGCUAACAAAACAUAAAAUUAAAACAUUUAAUAUUA